AUUCCUAAGUUAGAAAAUUGAAACAAACAGGCACAUCCACAUUAUUAUUACAUUGUUCUCCAAUUAAGCUUAAGGUGCUACAUGGCAUGGUGGAGUGGGCUAAGGGAGCUAAAGCCUUUGCUUCACUUGCUGCUUCCACUUAGCAUCCAUUGGGUUGCUGAAGAAAUGACCGUUUCUGUUCUUGUUGAUGUCACCACUUCUGCUCUCUGUCCUCGUCACACUACUUGCUCCAAAGCCAUUUACAUCAAUGGCCUUCAACAAACGGUUGUUGGAAUUUUCAAGAUGGUGGUUCUUCCACUACUUGGUCAGCUUUCGGAUGAACAUGGCCGUAAGCCUUUGCUUCUCAUUACCAUGUCAACUACUAUUAUUCCUUUUGCUUUACUUGCCUGGAAUCAAUCUGAGGGAUUUGUCUAUGCUUACUAUGUUCUUCGAACAAUUUCAUUUAUAAUCAGUCAAGGGAGCAUUUUCUGCAUUUCUGCUGCAUAUGUGGCAGAUGUUAUCAGUGAAAGCAAAAGAGCAGCUGUAUUUGGUUGGAUUACUGGCCUGUUUUCUGCUUCACAUGUUCUUGGGAAUUUCCUUGCUCGGUUUCUUCCCCAAAGCUACAUUUUCAUGGUUUCAAUAGCACUCUUGAUAUUUUGUCCUGUUUAUAUGCAAUUCUUCCUCAUUGAGACAGUGAAAGUUGCUCCGAGAAAGAAUCAUGAGUCAGGAUGCUGCAUGAAGGUAGUUGAUUUUCUCAACCAGAGAUACAAAUCUAUGAGAAAAGCUGCAGAAAUAGUCAUGUUCAGUCCAACAUUGAGGGGCAUGGCUAUUGUCACCUUCUUUUACAAGUUGGGAAUGUCAGGCAUAAACAGUGUUUUACUGUACUAUUUGAAAGCCGUUUUCGGUUUCAACAAAAAUCAGUUCUCAGAACUUCUGAUGAUGGUUGGAAUUGGUUCAAUAUUUUCUCAGAUAGUGGUGCUUCCCAUACUAAAUCCACUGGUUGGAGAGAAAGUGAUACUUUGCUCUGCAUUGCUUGCAUCAAUAGCAUAUGCAUGGCUCUAUGGAUUAGCAUGGGCAUCUUGGGUACCAUACUUGAGUGCCUCUUUUGGUGUCAUCUAUAUCCUUGUAAAACCCGCUACAUAUGCUAUUAUCUCAAAAGCAUCAAGCUCAGUCAAUCAGGGAAAAGCACAAAGUUUUAUUGGUGGAACACAAUCUAUAUCACAUUUACCAUCACCUAUUGCUAUGACUCCUUUGACUUCAUGGUUUCUAUCUACAUAUGCUCCUUUUGAUUGCAAAGGUUUCAGUAUUAUAUGUGCAUCAAUAUGCAUGAUAAUUUCACUUUGUUUUGCUUGCCUGCUGAAGCCCGAUGAUCAUAGUUGCUCAAGUGAUGAUGACAUCGAGAACAACCAGCAAACCGCUCUUCUUAGUGAAGAGUAAAUCCAUUUGCCUUUAUUAUAAUUUAUGCUCCAUAUUUUUUAUCUUUAUUUUAUUUUAUUUUAUAAUACAGUUGGCUUUGAAAAUGUAAUUAUGUAAGCAUAGAGAAAAGAAUGUAGUACAUUUUAAUAUAAUUUCUUUUUAUAUUAUUAAUUAUUGUACUU